AUGAGCUCAAAACCACAAAUUCCUGCGAUUACAAUUGAUAACUCUGCUACGCAGCCAGAGAACGACCGGGGUCACUACAACCCACAGACGUCACCCAACACGUCUGGAUAUACUUCUGGACAUGCACGCUCUCCCUCGGAUCCAAACUAUCUCAUCCCUGGAGGUGCCCAGCCCCGCCAGUCUCAAGACGAACCUCCGUCACCGACCGGUUCCGCCUCUUCGGUCAAGUUUGCGACCUCUGUCGCACUCCGUGAUAACCAGCCAGACGCGGCCUCUGGAGCUGGCUCACUAGCCCUUCUCCAGCCUCGUAGCCAUUCUUCGUCCACCGCUCACCACGGUCGCAAAAACUCUGCGGCCAGCUCGGCGAGUGCAGAAGGUACUGAACCAGAUCAUAACACGAGCGGGAACAACCAAGCCCUCAGCACCUCCACCUCGUAUACGGCGGUGACGCCAAACGACCAGACACAAUUCAAAGACUCCGAUGUAAAAAAGGAGAAGAAGAAGAAAAAGAAGCAUGACGAAAAAGACGAGGAGAGCGAUGACAGUGACGACGCCAAGCCGACCGAGAUAACAGAUGUCACCGACCCUACUCCGUUUGCGUUCAGGCCCAAACAACUCGCAGAACUCGCGGAGAAUAAGUCGAUCAAGGAAUUGGCCGACCUGGGCGGUGUCGAUAAGCUCGUCGAAGGUCUCGGAACGGAUCGCGAAAAGGGUCUCUCCCGUCAUGCCGUCGGGCUGGCUGGCGAAGGUGGCGAGAAGUCGGGUGGUUCGGGCGCAUUCGCUGCGACGAAACAGGACAGGCAGCGUGUCUACGGAAUUAACCAGAUGCCUGCUCCAAAGUCAAAGUCGCUGCUCCAGCUCAUGUGGAUCGCACUCCAGGAUAAAGUCUUGAUACUUUUGAGCAUUGCUGCCGUCAUCUCCCUUGCUCUUGGUUUGUAUCAGGAUUUCGGUGCCCACCAGUUUGAACCGUGCCCUUAUGAUGAGACAAAGGACUGCUCUGGUCCUCCUGUCGAUUUCGUUGAAGGUGUCGCCAUCAUGGUGGCCAUCCUCAUCGUCGUCUUGGUCGGAUCGCUCAACGAUUGGCAAAAGGAGCGUCAGUUCCGCGCGCUCAACGACAAGAAGGAGGAUCGUACAGUCAAGGUUAUCCGCGAUGGCAAGGAGUCCCAAAUUAAUAUCAAGGAAGUUAUGGUUGGCGAUAUCGCUAUUAUGGAGCCUGGAGAAAUUAUUCCAUGUGACGGUAUCUUUGUUUCUGGUCACAACGUCAAGUGCGACGAAUCUGGAGCAACCGGAGAAUCCGACGCGAUUAAAAAGUUUGCAUUCGAAGAGGCGUGGAAGGACUAUCAGGAAAAGGAUGGAAAGACGAAAAAGGACUGCUUCAUUCUUUCUGGUGCCAAAGUUCUCGAGGGUGUCGGCUCCUAUGUCGUUGUCGCAGUUGGCGAACGCAGUUUCAACGGCCGUAUUCUUCUCGCUCUUCGCAAACCCGUUGCAGCCACCCCGCUCCAGGAGAAACUCAACCAUCUCGCCGAGCUCAUUGCCAAAGUUGGCGGUACCUGUGGUCUCAUUCUGUUCACUUCUCUCAUGAUCAAGUUCUUUGUGCAGCUCAAGACUAAGCCCAACCGAACGGCGAAUGAAAAGGCAAUGUCAUUUGUGCAGAAUUUGGUCAUUUCGGUUACUUUGGUCGUGGUUGCCGUUCCCGAAGGUCUUCCGCUUGCCGUCACGCUUGCACUCGCAUUUGCGACGAAACGAAUGACUGGCCAGAAUCUCCUGGUUCGCGUGCUCGAUUCCUGUGAAACAAUGGCAAACGCCAAUGUCGUCUGCACGGAUAAGACUGGAACGCUCACACAAAACGUCAUGCAUGUCGUCGCUGGCUCCGUCGGUGUUCACGCCAAGUUCGUCAAGAAUCUCAAGGAGAACCUGAACCGCUCCGACGCCAAAGAGGAGUCGAACGGCGUCCGUAGACAUGCCGAGGAUUUCGCCAUUGAACAAGACGACUUGAACCAGGUCAUUCCAGCCAACCUGCAGUUUUGUUUCAACGAGGCGAUUGCGGUCAACUCCACGGCAUUCGAAGACGUUGACAAGGAGACGGGUGAGGUCGAUUUCGUAGGCUCAAAGACGGAAACGGCUUUGUUGCGCUUCGCCAAGGAUCAAGGCUGGCCGUCGUACCGUGAAACGCGGGCUAAUGCUCAAAUCGAGCAGGUGUUGCCGUUUGAUAGCGCGCGCAAGUACAUGGCCGUCAUUGUCAAGCACGGAAACAAGUACAGGGCUUAUUUCAAGGGCGCCUCGGAAAUCCUCACCCGCGAAUGCACUCGUCAUGUCGUCGUUGGUACCCCUGACCAUCCUAUCGAGGGCUCCAAAGACGACCCGAUUGAGACAAAGGAAAUUGACUCGAAGACCCAGGAGAACAUUGCCAACACCAUCAUCUUCUACGCCAACCAGAUGCUUCGCACAAUUGCCAUCUGCUACCGCGACGUCGAACAAUGGCCUCCAGCGGGCAAGGGCAUGGAUGAAGUCCCCCUCUCCGAGCUACUCCACGAUCUCACUCUCAUCGGCAUUACUGGUAUUGAAGAUCCCCUUCGCCCGUCUGUCCGGGACGCCAUCAAGGACGCCAAUCACGCUGGUGUGGCUGUCAAGAUGUGCACGGGUGACAACGUCCUCACUGCGCGUUCGAUUGCCGCCCAGUGCGGUAUCUAUACCGAAGGUGGCGUGAUCAUGGAGGGACCCGUCUUCCGCCGUUUGUCCGACAAGGACCGUGAAGAAGUCGUCCCGCAUCUCCAGGUUUUGGCUCGUUCAUCACCCGAGGACAAGAAGAUUCUCGUCGAGACGCUCAUGAAGCAAGGCAAUGUCGUCGGUGUCACGGGUGACGGUACCAAUGAUGGACCUGCACUCAAAGAGGCCAAUGUUGGUUUCUCGAUGGGUAUCGCAGGUACCGAAGUCGCCAAGGAAGCCUCGGAUAUUAUCCUGAUGGACGACAACUUUGCAUCCAUCGUCUCUGCCAUCAUCUGGGGUCGCUGUGUCAACGACUCGGUCCGCAAAUUCCUCCAAUUCCAGAUUUCGGUUAACAUCACCGCUGUGCUCAUCACGUUCAUCUCUUCUGUCGCCUCGGACGAGGAAGAAUCUGUCCUCACCGCCGUCCAACUUCUCUGGAUCAAUAUUAUCAUGGACACGUUUGCUGCUCUUGCACUCGCCACGGACCCCGCGACUAGGAGGCUCUUGGAUCGCAAGCCAGACUCUCGCAACGCACCACUCUUCACCCUCGAGAUGGGAAAGAUGAUCAUCGGACAGGCCCUCUACCAGACCUUCAUUGUCCUCCUCUUGCACUUUGGAGCUCCAACCUUCUUCAACGUUCCGUCCAACGACGCACAGCUGUCGGCAAUGGUUUUCAACGUCUUUGUUUUCUGCCAGAUCUUCAACUCGGUCAACUGCCGCACAAUUGACGGCACCAAGAACGUCUUUGCUGGAAUUUUGAAGAACUACUACUUCAUUGUGAUCACUUUGAUUGAGGUCGUCAUUCAGGUCAUUAUCAUGUACGUCGGAGGUGCUGCCUUCCAAGUCACGCGCAUCUCUGGCAAGUACUGGGGCAUGUCCAUUGGCCUCGGCUUUGUGUCACUCCCGCUCGGCUUCCUCAUCCGCUUGAUCCCCAACGGACCCAUCCAGCGUCUGCUCAUUCAUAUCCAUGUCAUCCAAGACCCGACUUUGCCGACCAAGAAUCCCAAUGCGGAGCAAUACAACGAGGCAAUCGACACGAUUCGCGAAAACUUGGGCCUCUUCUCCAACAUUCGUGGUGGACGGGUUCGUGGCUCGUCCAUGAUUCUCCGGGCCCGCCGUCGCGCACGCAAGCAGGAGUCAGGUGUCACGCUCCCGUCGCUCAUGACCAUGGUCCCCGGUCUCGUCGCCUCGAGUGUUGCCGCGCGUUGGCAACCCGCUGCGUCUGGUUUGCACGACCCAGCCAAUGGUGAUCCAUCAAAGAGCAGCGCCGCGCUGUGGGAAGGCAAGCUCCAACUCCAUCCAGAUACCAAACGUGACUCAGAGGCUUACCGUCGAUGGGGUGCUCAGAUCGAAAAGUCUCCCUCGAAUGUUUCGCGCUCCAACGUUAAUGAGAAACGGUAA